AUGGCCGCCGCCGUUGUUCCUCGGGACGUGCGCGAGUUCCUCAAUGGCUACCCUGACUCCACCGACGACUCAUCCCUCAACGCCAACCUUGAGUUCUACCUUAACAUGCGCAGAUGCAGGCCAGAUCGUCUUCUUAUCGACGAGCUGCACGAGCAGUGGAAGGAGGACUACCAGAAGCUGGAGUACUCGCAUGGAUAUAUACAAUGGCUAUUCCCUAUCAAGGAAUAUGGCAUGAACUUCGCAUCUCAGCCUCUCCAAGAGCAUGAGCUGCAGACCAUGAAAGCCGAUCCGGCUGUAGUAGAGCGCGUCAAGCGUUCAUACAAGAUCAUGCUCGGCUUCUACGGCAUGGAGCUGGUGUCGGAAGAAACGGGCGAAGUCCGCCGUGCGGCAAAGAAUUGGCAGGAGAGGUUUCAAAACCUAAUCGGUGCCCCGCACAACAACUUGCGCAUUUCUCGCAUCCUGAAAUGCUUGUCGGAGUUUAGCCUCGAACGCUGGAACGCGGGCUUCCUGUUGUUUGUACUUUCGGAACAGAGCGAGCACGGGCACCUCUCAACCCGUGUGUUGAUCGACAGUAUGGAUAGGUGGUGGGCGAACUGUGUUCGAGAUGAACACGAGCGCAAGUCGAUCAACAUGGCGAUCAAAAAAGUCAGGGAGCGCCAGGGAUAUGUGUUCUCGGGAGAAGUGUACCUUCGACUGUUGCAGAAGCGGAAGGAGACGGGAAAGCUUCCCGAAUUAGAGGGUGAUUGA